GCAUCUCUGAUUAUGUCUCCCACAUCAUAUAUAAUACAUGCUUUACUUUUUAAAUUUGGCUUUGUUUCUCAUCACUUAAUGAUUGACUACCUGUUGAUUGCGGCUGUGUGGGGUUCCUGGUAAUCGGUGAGAGAACAGUGGCGUGUUCCCAUAGAUACAUCCCAACAGAUGAGCUCCCAUGAUACCCAGCCUACAUCGUGAGGAAACUACUGAGACCCGUUUGGCUUUUUUUUUUAAACCAUCGCCUGCUGCGUUGCGGUGCACACGAGACGGACAACUCUGCACCGUUUUCUCUGUAGUGCUUUCAGGUCCUGCAAAACCUAUGGAUAUCGGGUAUUUAUAACGCUGGAACAAAGUGAUAUUUUCAUGCACGUGCUUGUAUUUUUAUCCAGCAACCUCCUCCUUAUCCAGUGAGGAGUGUUUUUCCCUGAAUGCCCCUGAGUCCGAACUGCUCUCCUCCACUGCGUGCAGCGCUCACCUCCACUUAUCCCUCAACAUUUAACCAGGAUGGAGCAGCUCUAAUGUAAUUAUAAUGGCCUGUAAGCUUUUGUCUCGCAAGUGGGAUCAACGUGUUGUGUGUUUAUUAUAACAAAGAUCUCUACUCCGCCACGCGCCAGUCUGCUUUUACGCGCAACCAUGAGCUCGGAGAAGCCAAACUUUCUGUCACAGCCCGUCGUGAAGAGCAUUUACAUGUACCGAAACGGCGACCCUUACUACGAGGCGCGCCGGAUUGUGAUCAACCAAAAGAGGGUUUCCAACUUUGAGACUUUGCUGAGAGAGGUGACCGGCGGGAUACAAGCCCCGUUUGGAGCGGUGAGAAACAUCUACACCCCGAAAGGAGGCCACAAGGUGGACUGCUUGGAGAGCCUGCACAGCGGGGAGCAGUACGUCGCUGCUGGGAAGGAGAGAUUCAAAAAACUGGAUUACCUACAGAUUGGCUCAAGAAGGAAGAGGAUGAUGCAGACUCUUCCAAUGCAGGCCAAACCACUGCCACCAAAUCGAAUCAUUGUGUCAGCUCGAUUCCUGAAACCUAUCAAGGAGCCAUGUGCGAUAUUUGUGGUAGCAAAUGGUGACGUCUUGAACCCUGCCAUGAGGCUGUUGAUUCACCAGAGGAUGCUUGGCCAGUUUGACAGAAUACUAGAGAUGAUCACAGAGAAGAUGGGUUUGAGAGUCCUGGGUGGUGCCCGAAGUCUCUACACCUAUGAAGGCCAACAGAUGACUGAUGGGAAUCAGCUUGAGAGCGGUCAGCUGUAUGUGGCUGUAGGAAGAGAAAAAUUUAAGAAGCUGCCCUACAGUGAUCUUCUCUUCACUAAACCCAGAGGGACACGGAGGGUUAAUGGAAUGAAAGCGUACUCUCUGCCACCUAUCUACAGAUUCUCCAAGCAAAAUGGAAAUAGCAAAUCUAUGGUCCGAUGCAGUGAUAGUGGAGACUCCAAGGGCUCUCCUCCAGGCCACAGUAACAGCAGUAACAAGGAUCACCUGUCCUCCAUCGUCAGAGAGAUCUCUCAGGCCAGACUCAUGUCCCUCAGGAAGAAGAGGAGUGGACAAAGCAUGACCCUGGGCAUCUCUGACUAUGAUGACGUGGAAUCAAAGGCUGGCGAAGAAAAAACUGAGGACAAAACCGCCCAACCAGCUGAUGAGAAACCUGCAGAUGAUGAUUCAAAAGCUGCAGAGGAGAAUGGUGAAAGAGCAGGAGAGGCGGAGGAGGCCGCUGCUGAAAACACAGCAGAGGAAGACACGAAGGAAAGAGACCCAGAGACAAGUGGAGAAAAAGAGGGAGGGGAAGAGAAAAAGGAAAAUGACAAGCAGAAUGAUGAAAAAGAAGAAGCAGCAACAGCAGGAUCUGAAGAGAAAGAGGAGGAGGUAAAAGAAGAAGUAAAGGAGGAGAUUGUGGAGAGUAAAGAGGAGGUUAAGAGUGAGGAGCAGGGGUCCAGCAGUAGCAACAGUGAUAAGACCCAGGACGGUAAAGACAAAGAGGAUGGAAGCCAUCCAUCUUCAGAGGCUGAAAAGGAUGAGCCAGACAAAAACAUAGAAGAAGAAAAGCAAGAUAAAGGCAGUGGAAAGGAGGAGAAAAGCAGUGAGGAGCAAGUUAAUGAUGUAGACAUGGGGGAGAAACAGGGAGAGACAGAGAACAGUGAUGACCCAGGGAAGUCAGAUAACGAGACAAAAGAGAACGAUAACAGCAGAAGUAGCAGCAGCGGCAGUAACCAGGAAGAGGAUGUGAGCAAAACCAAAGAGGGAGCUACCAAAGAGUCAGGAGUAGGGGAGAGAAAGGUGAAUGGAGAGGUCAGCAGAGGAGAUGAUGAGGUGGAAAGUGGAGCUGAGCCAGACGUGGACCAGAAUUCAGCCAAAGAUGUUGCAGCAAAUGAAGAGAAAGGGGUGGAUGGUGAAAAAGACAGUCAAGAUAAAAAGAAGAUGGGGAAAGAGACGGAUUAGGGAAGAGAGAGAAUGUUUAUAGAUGAGCAGUGCUGAAAAUAGUGAGCAAUACUUAACAAAAAAAUCAUGAAGGUGGUAGAGGUAAUUCUCAGCAAGCAAAACAAAGAACAAGAUGCACUGCACUGAAAGGAAAACUACCCCAAAUGUUGAGCAAAUAAUGGAAGCUUUGAAUAUCUGCUACAUAAUGCCAGGUUCAAAAACAGUAUCAACAUUUCGGGUAUGUAUUCCACAGCUAUUUAUUCAAAACAUUCAUGAAUAUCAUAUCUGAAACAGACAAAAGCUAAAGUGAUGUAUUCUUAUUUUUCAUUCACAUAUACUAUUACCUCUUGGCCUGCUUUAUAAUUUUAGUAUACACUGUCUAACAGAAAUGUAGUGAGUG